GUGAAGGAGGAAGUGAGGCUGCAGGGGAUUAGUCAUCCUGCAGGAUUUUGCCUUGCGCAGCCAGAUGGCUGCUCCAGGCUUUCUGGGCUGGGUGGAGGGGUGUCCGCUGAACCCUGCUCAUUUGGGAUGUGGGUAGCACAGAGAGAGCUAGAAAAUGGGUGAAUUGCCCUUAGAUAUCAACAUUCAGGAGCCUCGCUGGGACCAAAGCACUUUCCUGGGCAGAGCCCGGCACUUCUUUACUGUCACCGAUCCCAGAAACCUGCUGCUGUCUGGGGCACAGCUGGAAGCUUCCCGGAACAUUGUGCAGAACUACAGGGCUGGGGUGGUGGCCCCGGGACUCACUGAGGACCAGCUGUGGAGGGCCAAGUACGUGUAUGACUCUGCCUUCCACCCGGACACGGGAGAGAAGCUGGUCCUCAUUGGCCGGAUGUCCGCGCAGGUGCCCAUGAACAUGACCAUCACAGGCUGCAUGCUCACCUUCUACAGGAGGACCCCAACUGUGGUGUUCUGGCAGUGGGUGAAUCAGUCCUUCAAUGCCAUUGUCAACUACUCCAACCGCAGCGGUGACGCUCCAAUCUCCGUGCGGCAGCUGGGCACCGCCUAUGUGAGUGCUACCACGGGGGCUGUGGCCACAGCUUUGGGGCUCAAAUCUCUCACCAAGCACCUGCCCACCUUGGUUGGCAGAUUUGUGCCCUUUGCAGCAGUGGCUGCUGCCAACUGCAUCAACAUCCCCCUGAUGAGGCAGAGGGAGCUGCAGGUGGGCAUCCCAGUGACUGAUGAGCCAGGGCAGAGGCUGGGCCACUCGGUCACUGCAGCCAAGCAAGGGAUCUUCCAGGUGGUGGUGUCAAGGAUCGGGAUGGCGAUCCCUGCCAUGGCCAUUCCUCCAGUGAUCAUGAAUGCUUUGGAGAAGAAGGACUUCCUGAAGCGCCGGCCCUGGCUGGGGGCGCCCCUGCAGGUGGGGCUGGUGGGCUUCUGCCUGGUGUUUGCCACCCCUCUGUGCUGUGCCCUGUUCCCCCAGAGGAGCUCCAUGCACCUGAGCAGGCUGGAGCCGGAGCUGAGAGCCCAGAUCCAUGAGGAGAACCCCAGCAUCGAGGUGGUUUACUACAACAAGGGGCUUUGAAGAGGCCCGUCCCACCUCACCGCCAAGUACUGCUGCUUGAGGCCCUCCUGCUGUCUAUGCCACUUGCUGUCUGCCUAGUACUCUUCAGGGAACUUGGUAGCACAGUAACCAUUGAGACCAGCCAUCCUUUAUGCUGGGCGAGGCACCCUUAUGAGGCACCUUUAUAAGCCUUUCUCUCUCCUCUGUUUUCAAAAAGGGGAGUUGUACAAUCACUCCUGGGUUACCUACUCACAUACGGGAUAUGUGUAGGUGUUUAGACAUUUGGUUUAGCAGCUGAGAGUGGACACACCGUCCUGGGACCACCUGAUGUCUGGCUUCUCUUCUCAGCCACCAGCAAGCCAAUUUAUAGGUGCAACUUCCUCCCUAAGCCGUUCCCCUGGCCAAGUCACUUCCUACGGCACCUCAGCACUUCCAGACACAGGAGGAGCCCUAGGAUAGUAGUGGACCAACUUGGUUCAGGUUUCUGAUAACCUGGCUUCCAAAGUGGCUCAGGACCAGGGCUCGCAGAGGAAGGCAUGUUGGGACCAAGGAGGUGGGGUACCUAUGCUCUGUGCCACCCCUAUCCUGGAGUAGCUCCAUGUCUUCUGUAUAGAACAGAAGAGCUGUCUCCUCUUGCCCCAUAAUGCCAUGUGGCAUCUUUAGAUACAACCAUAGAAGUUCUUGAUCUCCUCUGGUUAUGACCUCAGGCAGAAACCCCACAAGCCCAGCUCCUCUCCCAACCAGAAAGCCACACAGGCAGUGUGCCAUCCCUGCAGGAACUGCCACCAUACUCCCUCUCUAGGGCCAUGGAAGGAGGGUGCUAAACCCCGCAGGCCCCAGUGCAUGAUCCAACGGUGGAUAUGUGUCCUAUCAGCCCUUGUGGGGUCUACAACAGUCCUUGUCUUCACCUCUUUCCUUCCUUUGAGUGCUGGGGAUAGAACCUAGGGCUCUGCAUAUUCUAGGCCAGUCCUCCACCACUGAGCCCCACCCUCAGGCUGUCCUGCUUUCCUGGGGCUUGGUCCUUCUCCCCCUCCAUUGUCUCCAAGAGGAGGGCCUGGGCCUGGAUGGACAGACCAAAUGAAGGUGGGCUUUUGCACAGAACAGGGGGUGGUGAAUCCUGAGUGAUUCCAGCUCUCCCAUGUCAUGGCUGAAGAGCUGAGUGGGGUGGAGCAGAGGCCCCUCAGGAUCCUAGGAGCUCACUUUCCUGCUUCUCUUACCCACUGCCCUGAAAGAGAACAGCUUCCACAGCCUGGUUAGCCAAUAAACCCUGGGGCUGGGGAGAGAGCUCAGCAGCAUAAGCACCGCCUGGCAAGCACAAGGUCUCGAGUUUGGUCCCCGGUACCACAAGAAAGAAAAUAUCUGCAGUCAAUAAACCCUGCACCUGUCUAUUUGU